AAAAAAAGCGUAUGAAUGUAUGAAUACAACGCGUUGAGACUGACAUUCUUGUUGAGUCAAGGUCGUUGUAAAUAAAUAGCCGUGUACAGGUAUACUUAACGAUUAUGCUAUGGGAUUUACAGUGUAUAUAAACUAGAUUUACAGUAGAACACUUUUGAUGGUCAUAAAUGGGUCAGAUUAAUUCCGUACAGGAUUCUGAGCAUGCCUCACAAAAUGGACCCAUGUCUAAAAAUGAUGCGGAACAAAGUAAAAUGGAAAGAGAGCAGCAAAGAGAAGCGAAUUCGGAACAGGUUAGAUGUGUAAAAACAAGAAUUGAUAUGCUAAUAGAGGAUUGUCUGAACACGAAGGAUAGUAAUUCGGAAACAGAUAAUGAAAAAUUCUUGAAGAAAGACUUUUUGACCUUGAAUCAUGGGGUUAAUAAUACAGGAAUUGUGAAGCGAAAUAAGAACGAGAAUGAUAAAGAUAAAGAUAGUGAAAAGGACACUGAAAAUGAAGACAGUAAAAGUGAAAUUUUGAAUGCUCAGCAGACUGAUACGAACACAGAUGCUGGUACUGAAAAAAGUGCUAAAAAAGAGACAGAGGUUGAACCAGAUGAGGGAGAAAAUCCGGUUAAAAAGGAAGAGAUUAAACUUUCGGAUAUAAUUACUGAUAUGGUUAAUACUGAGUUAACAGAAAAACAAUUAAAACACAUUCAACAAAGGACAAUUACUACCUUUAACACAUUUAUAGAUAAAGUGCUAGAUAAUUCUCUCAAUCAGGAAAGUAACGAAGAAGAGAAAUCGAAAUCGUCAAAUAUUUUGAAACUGUGUAGUGAGUCUCUAAUACCAGAGAAAGGGAGAAAAAGUGUGGACAGUACGAGUGAAGAUAGAAAUGAUAAGCCUGAAUGUGACCGUGAUGUGGAUAAAUCGGAUCAGGAGAAAAAAAUAACACUAAAGGAUCAUAUAGAACGGUUUCUGGAAUUAAGUUUUAGAGACGAGAAUAAGGAGGAGGAGACUAAAAGUAGUAAAAAAUUAAGUGUACAAGAAAAUUUCAAUGCACAAGGUCUUGUCAAUAGCAUGAUAACACAGGGUAUACAGAUAAAAAGCUUGCUAACUACAAAAGAGCAACAAAGUCUUGCAAUUCAGAAGAUGAAUAGAGAAUCUGAAAAGCAGAAAAAGCCAGUGAAAUAUCCAGAACAGAAUUUAAGACCCAAGAGUCGUGAAAUGUAUGGACAAAAGAGCCCAAAUUCAAAUAAUGUUCAUGAACAGGCUGAUCCUAGGUAUAACCAGCCUGUUUCAGGUCAACAAAUGGUUGAUUCUAAAUUUAGGGACCAUUAUUCAAGUCAGGCAAAGCAUGACCCUGGAAACAGGCAUCCUCAGAUACAUCCAGGUUAUUCAAGAAGGAAUGAAAUGAUGGAAAGAAAUCGAGAAAUGCAGUCUAAAAUGGAGAUGCAUGCUAAAAUGGAAAUGCAGGCUAAAAUGGAACUGCAAGCUAAAAUGGAACUACAAGCUAAAAUGGAAAUGCAAGCUAAAAUGAAUGUCAACCCUGGUUAUAAACAGGAGAUAGGUAUUCCAAAUAAUAUGAGAGCAUCAGAUCAUUCCUCAGCUUUUCAUUCGCCUCAUCAUUUACAGGUGACAAACACUGCUAAUUAUAACACUGCUUAUAUGCCAAGAAUGCAGGUCAGUCCGGGACAAAUUAGGGACAUGAAUCAUUCGAUGAGAGGUGAAAGUAAACAGGAAGUGCAUGUCAGAGGCUGUAUGUGCCCAAUGUGUGUGCAGCAGCAACAACAUCAUUCUAGGCAAGGAAAGAUUGAUCUUUCAGGCAUGGAUCAUCAUCCAGGUAAGCAAUCACCACAAGUUCAACAUCAAUUCUCAGCAGGCAGCAUGGCAGCUCAAAUGGAUAGAAGUCAUGGGAGGGAAAUUUCAGCGAUGAUUAGAUCUUCUCAUCCGGAACUUUCUCCGAGAAUGAUGGCAUAUCAAGGUAUGCAUAAGUUAUUACCACAUCACCCUCCCAUAACAUCCACAAAGGUGUAUAGUGGUGGUCAGAUUAUGGUUCCCGGUGAAGUUUCAGCUCAAAGCAUGGUUGCGAGUCGACCACAGGCUAACGUUUUGGAAAAUCCUCAUUAUUUAGGGCAGUUCCAACAACGUAGUAGAGAGGAGUAUUCUCAAAACGCUUUUAAUGAGAGACUUGCUAUUAGGUCAGGAAAACAAAGUCCAUAUCAUGCAAGGCCAUCUUCAGUGCCCUCUCAAGAACACACCAGUCCCCAGUAUCAGCGACCAGGCUCUGGACAUCGUAUUUACGAGUCUGAUUAUUCGAGAAAUGCAGAUUUUUCUAGAAACACAGAUUCCUCAUCUUGUGCUUCAGAUUGUUCCACUGAAGCUCCUCUUGAUUUAACGGUGAAAAAACCUAAAGGGGAACCUAUUCGUAACAGGUCAUCUAGUAAUGCAUCGGCUGUUAAAAGAAUCAAUCCAUCAAAUUCGUUCAUAAAGCAUUUAGAAAGUAGCGUUGAUAAAUACUGGCAAGAGUUAAAUUCUCCUCCGUCAUCCCCUGUAAAUACAAAACCCCCGACUCCUAUAAAUAGAGUUCUCACUCCAAAUGAUGGUUGGAAUGUUACACAUGGGUACCCUCAACAGAGUCCAAAUGGCACCUCUCCACCUGGUAUGCUAAGUAUGAUGCAAAAUAGACCUUUGCCAUCACCACAUUAUACUGGUGGAAUAACUGUUGGACAGCCUUUGGUUGAUAUGAAGCCUCCAGCCUCUCAAAAACAGACCGAGUGUAGUCACCUGACUGGUCCGCCAAUGUUAAAUAAACAGUCUCCACAACAACAACAACAACAGCAGCAGCAACAACAACAAUUUCAAGGUACACAGUCAAACUUUGAUUUGAAUUCUAAGAGGUUAUCAUCUAAUAAUGUAUCUAAACAUGAACCUAUACAAAACAUUAUCGGAAAUCACGACCCUAAUGAUAUUCUGUAUUUAAUCUGUAGACUGUGCACUCAAACAUAUGGCAGUCCAUAUGGGUUCAGAAAACAUUUUAGAAAUCAACAUGGAUUCGAACCAAGAGCCGAGCACACAAUAGUUCAAACAAUUUCAGCUACAAAGACAGCUUUGCAUCUUCCACAGCCGCAGUUGAUGCAAGGUAUUUCAGAUAUUCGCGAAUCUCAUGUACAACGUAAGAGUAAUUCUCCAGAAAAUGAACUAAUAAAUCAGAAAUGUGCACCUAAUACAUUUACAGUGCGAAAAAGGAGUUCAGAAUCACCAGUGGACUCUAAAAGUUGCACUGGUAGUGAAGAGGGUGACAAAAAUGAGCUUGAAAACACCGAGACAAAAUGUUUAGAGUGCCCAGAAUGUGGUAAAACAUUCCAACUCAAUGACUUUGGCUCAUAUAAGCGACACUGCCGACAACAUGGCAAUAUUCGAAUGAACGGACCAUUUACUUGCACAGACUGUCAUUUACCUUUUCCUGAUCAGAAAUCAUUACGCGAGCAUUAUAAAGUUCAUGUUAAAGACAAUGCUGUAGUAAUUAAGCAGGAACAUAAAAAUGACGAAAAUGCUCAAAAAUCUGAAUCUCAUCAGACAUUUUAUGUAUGUGUGAAAUGUGACUUGCAAUAUGACAAUAUUAACACUUAUAAUAGCCAUUUAACUAGUCACGAAACUGAAUCAAAAGUUGACAUGGAUGAUAAAACUUUGUCUACUGCAAAAAUACAAACGAUGGUUUCUGUGAAACCAGAUACUGAAGAAUCGACCGAUGUUGUAAGUAGUAAGAUUGUAGUAAAACAAGAAGCUGAGUCUAAUACUUCUCAAGCUUGUCCCGAUAGCAGUUGGGACAGCGUUCCUAAAGUCAUGGCAACAACAUCUAUUAAACCUGAAUCAAUUUCAGAAAUAAAUGAGUCGACAAAUUCUAACUUGAGUAAUGCUAGUGAAAUGUCUGCAAACAAAGAAGAGGGUAAGAACAGUUCAUCAGAGCUAGUAUCGAGUAAAGGUUUUGAAUCUAGCUCAGAAAAUGAAAAGAAAAGGGAAGAAAAUGAGGAAUUUAUAUACAAGCAUAAAAAGUUUUUCCAUCAUCGUAAAAGAGCUAGCUCAUCGCAGUCGACUGAUGCGAGUGAUGUAAAACAGGCGAAAAUAAGCACAGACGAAACAUCUACAUCGUCGGUUUCAUCACUAGGAGAAAAUGUGACGGCAUCUAGUUCAACAUCAGUGGUCCUGAAUUCAUCAUGUGACUCGACUGGAAUGUUAGAUUCUAAAGGUACAGAAGUUGUAAACAAAGCAAGUGAAAACUUUGACAAUAAGACUGAAGAAAGUAAUGAUAAAACUAAAGUUUCUGUAGGGAAGAGUAUAGAAAAUGUCUUGGAAAAGCCUGUUAAAACAGAGGCUCGACACAGUCUUCCAUUUGUUUGGGACCGUACAACAAGAAGUCAGAAAAAGUUAUAGACUUUGCUCUUAUUGCUGUUUACAUCUUAGUGUCCAAGGAGAGGUAGAUUUUUUUUAACUCAUUCCUUCUUAUGUAUGAUUUCAUGAAGAUUUUUUUUUAUUACCUAAUUUAAGAUAAUCAAAACGUAAGUGUAAACUUUCAUUAUUUGUGUCCUUUCGGAUCAUCAGUUCAAAGUAAUUGUUUAAUAUUUUUCAGUACUUAUUUUCAUUACAUAUUACUCUAAAUGGUCAUUAAAUUCGUAAAAUAGGAUAAAAAAAAAACAAUAGACAGAAGCUGUUAAUGUUUUUAUGUUGUCAGAAAUUGUACUUAUUUAUUUAAUAAGGAACAUUAGAACAAUUAUUUUGUGAUAAUAAAGGCAGAUAAUUAAGACAGAAUUUAGAAAUAAUUAUCAAGAAUGUAUUCACAUAUAUUGUUACACAAGAACUACUGGUGACGUGUAAUUGGUUCAUUUUCUUAAUUUAUUCCUUAUGAAUAUUAAUGAGAUUGGAAUUUAUUCAUGGUAUUUGUACAAAUUUAGAGUAGCUUUUUUUGUACAUAAACAACAGUUGUGCCACGAGCAACAGAUGUAGGUUAUUGUCAAUGUGUUCAAUACUGUUUAAUUGAUCAAUGAGUUAAAACAGUGACAUUUUGUAACCUUGAAUUUAAAGCUAUAAACAACAGGCAUUUUGUUUUUUUAGACCAUUAACAACAGUAACAUACGCAUAGAUUUGAGAAAAUGUGAAGCAAAUUGUUUUAUUUGGGAACUUUAGUAUAUUGGUAAUGAAAGGAACAUAGAAAAU